AUCCCAUCUCGUCGCCUGCAACCGCCCAAACGACGGACAGGCGGCGACAUCGUCACACACAUCGUAUACUGCUUGCGCUGCUCUCCAUAUACCUGCUGUCGCUCUCACGAUGAAUGAUGUUGUAGCUACUCAAAAGAAGCUAGAAGCCAAGUACAAGUCUUCCAAUUCAAUCGCUUCUAUCGAGCAUGCGAUCGAAAGUCUCCAACAGCUUCGUCAACAACUACAAGAUGGCGUAGUCAGUGAGACUGCUGCGCAAGACAUGAUGGGCGAUUCCGUGAGAACACUCUGCAGGAAUCUUGGAGAAGAUCAGAAAGAAACAUACAACGUUCACGCCAAGCAUAGCAAGGCUAUUGCAAAGCGCUUCAAAGCUGAUAUAGCCAGCGAUCCAGUGCAGAACGUCAUCCACGAUCAGCGCCCGCUGGUUGAUCAAGCCAUCGUGAUGCAUCUGCUACGACAAGGCGAUUUUACAAACGCUGAAGCUUUUGCGCGCGAGGCAUCUGUGGCGCGUGACGACAAACUCUGGGAUGCUUUCAAAGUUCUCUAUGAGAUCACUACCUCGCUGAGUCGCGGAGAGCUGAGCGAUGCGAUCGCUUGGGCGCGUGCUCGUCGUGAACAUCUACAGCAGCGACGCUCCUCUCUCGAGUUCAACCUUCACAAAGCUCAAUACAUUCGCAUCUAUCAAACCUCACACGUCUUUGAAGCCAUCAAAUACGCUCAGCAAGAAUUCCCAGCAUUCGGCAAGACGCAUAUGAAGGAAAUACAGCAACUCUUCACAGCACUGACGUUCCACGGCAACAGGGACAAAAGUCCAUACGGUCACUUAUUUGCCUCCCCGCAGCCUGCUCUUCGGGAAAUAUUCGCUCGCGACUAUCUCGCUCUCUUGCAGCUUGGCGUGACGCCUCCUAUUCAAACAACAGUAGAGGCUGCCGCGAUAGCUCUCCCAACACUCAUCAAGCUUGCAUCCCUCAAAUUCAACAAACCCGCGGAACAAGAGCCUACGGGGUCAGGGGUGGACAUCGACUUGCCAGCCAAAUUUAGACACCACAGCGUCUUUGUUUGCCCAGUGAUGCGCGAUGUCAGCGCAACUGGCUUCCUACUUGCUUGUGGCCACGUCAUUGGGUCAGAGGCUCUGCAAGGACUAGCAAGAGGGACCAACAAGCUCAAGUGCAUCUACUGCCCAACCCUUUCCAAUGUUGCUGAAGCGCGGCAACUCAUUUUUUGAAGGAAAGCGCGAAUCAAUGGAGCAUGUGCUCAAGAGGCACCAUUGCCUGAGCACGUUGUGAACUGAAAUCAGAAGUCUGCAUGGCGGAAGCUCAUUGGUUACGACUCAUGCUACACGAUGCGUU